CCCCGUCUCUACUAAAAAUAAAAAAAUAGCCGUGCAUCCUAGGGGUCACCUGUAAUCCCAGCUACUCAGGGGGCUGAGGCAGGAGAAUCACUUCAACCCAGGAGGUGUAGGUUGCAGUGAGCAGAGAUUGCACCAUUUCACUCCAGCCUGGGCAACAAAAGUAAAACUCCGUCUCAAAAAAAAAAAAAAAAAAAAAAAAGCUGCCCAACAGGCCCCCUAGGGAGUGGGAGGCUGCCAGUGUCAUCGCUAGUGUAAUUUAGGGGUCGACUAACUUCUUCAAGCUGUGCGCAGUGUAAUCCAGAACUUUCAGAGACCAAAGUGGGAGGAUCCCUAUGAGCCCAGGAGUCUGAGUUUAUAGUGAGCUAUGAUUGCACCACUGUACUUCAGCACUUCAUCCUGGUGACACAGUGAGACCCUGCCUCUGAAUAUAAAUAAGUAAAAGGAAACACGCCUGCUACCCCUAACUUACCUGAACUCCUACCAAAUAGUGACUCGUGUCUUCACCAUGUUUGUCUCUUGACAAUUAUGAAGCUUUUGACAGUAGAAUUCUGCUGUGAAAAAAUAAAUGUUUUCAUAAAUGUGCUUGCCAGCAUUAACAGCCAAAACAGAAGAAAGAUGGUUCCCACCUCAUUUCUGCCUUCCAGAUCUCACAGAACAUCUCACUGAUGGGCCACAUUUCACAUGGGAAACUGAAUUGUGAAGGAGUCUGGGAAAUGAACUUUUUAGUUUUCCAGAAGGCAAUCCUUCAAACAGUGUUUGACUUAGAAUCUUCCCUUUUUCAUUCCAUUCAAGAGGAGCAUUCAUAAAUUUCCAGCCUAGAUUUCCUGAGCGUAUAUCCAGACAUCCUUAUACUGACUUCAGGCUUGACAGAGUCUCACUUUGCCAUUGGAGUGCAGUAGCACGAUCUUGGCUCACUGCAACCUCUGCCUCCCGAGUUCAAGUGAUUCUUGUGCCUCAGCCUCCCGAAUAGCUGGGAUGACAGAAUGGAGAUCUCCUCUCAUCAGUCUCACCUUCUGCAGCAACUGAACGAGCAGCGCAGGCAAGAUGUAUUUUGUGACUGCAGUAUUCUAGUUGAAGGGAAGGUCUUCAAAGCACAUCGAAAUGUAUUAUUUGCUAGUAGUGGCUACUUUAAAAUGCUUCUUUCUCAGAAUUCAAAGGAGACAAGUCAGCCAACCACAGCUACAUUUCAGGCUUUCUCCCCUGACACCUUUACAGUUAUCCUGGACUUUGUAUAUUCUGGUAAACUGUCUCUUACUGGUCAGAAUGUCAUAGAAGUGAUGUCAGCUGCUAGCUUCCUGCAGAUGACUGAUGUCAUAAGUGUAUGUAAGACUUUUAUUAAAUCUUCCUUAGACAUUAGUGAGAAAGAGAAAGAUCGCUAUUUCAGUCUCUCAGAUAAAGACGCCAAUUCUAAUGGUGUAGAACGCUCCUCAUUUUAUAGUGGUGGCUGGCAAGAAGGAAGCAGUUCUCCACAUUCUCACCUAAGCCCAGAGCAAGGAACCGGUAUAAUAAGUGGAAAAUCCUGGAGUAAGUAUAAUUAUCAUCCAACUUCCCAGAGGAAUACUCAACAACCCUUGGCCAAGCAUGAACCAAGGAAAGAGUCCAUUAAAAAGACCAAACAUUUGAGAUUGUCACAGCCUUCUGAAGUUACUCAGUAUAAGUCAAGCAAACGAGAAGCACGAACAUCCGAUUCUUCCAGCCAUGUUUCCCAGUCUGAAGAACAAGCACCAAUUGAUGCUGAAAUGGACUCUACCGCUGUUGGCUAUCAGUACAGUCAAGGAUCUGAUGUCACAUCCAAAAGUUUUCCAGGUGAUCUGCCCCGGAUGCGAUUCAAGUGCCCAUACUGCACACACGUGGUAAAGCGGAAGGCAGACCUAAAGCGCCACCUUCGUUGUCAUACGGGAGAAAGGCCCUAUCCAUGUCAAGCUUGCGGAAAAAGAUUUAGCAGGCUAGACCAUCUAAGUAGCCAUUUUCGAACAAUUCACCAGGCAUGUAAACUCAUCUGCAGAAAAUGUAAACGUCAUGUGACAGAUCUAACAGGGCAAGUGGUACAGGAGGGAACCAGGCGCUACAGACUGUGUAAUGAGUGUCUUGCAGAAUUUGGCAUUGACAGCCUCCCCAUUGACUUGGAAGCUGAACAACAUCUUAUGUCCCCAUCAGAUGGAGAUAAGGAUUCCAGAUGGCACUUGAGUGAAGAUGAGAAUAGAUCCUAUGUGGAGAUUGUAGAAGAUGGGUCUGCUGAUCUGGUCAUCCAACAGGUUGAUGAUAGUGAAGAAGAAGACGAAAAAGAAAUUAAGCCCAACAUUAGGUAGCUGUAAUGUGAACCAGCAGAGCUGGCAUGUCUGCAAUUUACAUUGACUUCCUCUCUCUUUCUAUGGUCAGAAUCUAGUUAACAAAUUUAUCAAACUGACUUUAAAGAAAUGACCUGAUAUAACUUGCAUGCUUUCUGAACAGGCCAUUGUAUCCAUUCUGAACUUUGUUGCCCUAAAAUGUAUUGCUGCACUGGAAAGAAAGAACUAGCUUGAGUUGGCAUGAUGGAUGAGCAGUUAUCCUCUUACUUUCAUUACAGUCCUCUUACUUUAUUACAGAGAUACCCUUUUUCUUUUAAUAUUGGAAGAUCUACUUAGCACAUUUUUUCAAAGAAAUACUUUAAAUAAAUUCACCACAAUCAAACUUUA